AUGCGCUUAAUUAAAGCUUCAUCCAUACACAGCAGCAACCUCCAGCUCGUCGACUUCAACCCCGAUCAGCUCCCCCGGUACGCCAUUCUCUCGCACACCUGGGGCGACAACGAAGUCAUCUACGCCGAUAUUAGAAACGAAAAUGCCGCCACCAAGCCAGCUUUCCAAAAGGUCCGCUAUAGCUGCAUUCAAACCCUAGCAGACGGCCUCGAAUACGUCUGGAUCGACUCAUGCUGCAUCGACAAAAGCAGCAGCGCGGAGCUCUCCGAGGCCAUCAAUUCCAUGUACGAGUGGUACAUGAAGUCAGAAGUCUGCUACACUUACCUCUCUGGCGUCCCCGCCACCGUCGACCCUGUCAAGACGGACGGCGCGUUUGCCUCGUGCCGGUGGUUCACGCGCGGCUGGACGCUUCAGGAACUAAUCGCCCCGGCCGAGAUGGUCUUCUUCUCCGAGGACUGGGUGAAAGUCGGAGAGAAGACGACGCUGAGCAGGCCUCUAUCCGUCAUCACAGGCAUAGACGAAGACAUCCUCACGGGCCUCAGACCCCUCGAAUCAGCGAGCCUCGCCAAGCGAAUGUCCUGGGCCGCGCACCGGCAGACGACGAGGCCAGAGGAUGUGGCCUACUGCCUGAUGGGCCUCUUUGGCGUCAAUAUGCCCAUGCUCUACGGCGAAGGCGACCGCGCCUUCCUCCGCCUCCAAGAGGAAAUCAUGAAGCAGUCCGACGACCAGUCUCUCUUCGCCUGGGUCGACCUCUCCGCCUCAACCGAGACCUACCACGGCCUGCUGGCCAAGUCGCCGGCCAACUUCGCCUACUCCAACUCCAUCAUGCCUUACCAGGACUGGGAGCCGCGGCCGCCGUACUUCAUGAGCAACCGCGGCCUGCGCAUCGAUCUACCCCUGACGCGACGCGACCAAGAUAUCUUCGUCGCCGCGCUCGACUGUCCCGCGCCGCCGGACUACGAAGACUCUACCUUCCUAGCAAUCUACCUCAAAAAGAUUUCGAGCGGCGGAGAUCAGCAAUUCGCCCGCGUGCGGGUGAACCAGUUCGCCAAGGUCCAGGAGCGGGGGAACAAGCAGACGCUCUACGUGCGGCAGACGUUCAACGGCGUCGCGGACGCGGAAGGUGUGUUUCCGCAGCACAUCAUCCAGCUCCGAAAGGGUCCGCCGCGUGACCAGUACUCGGUGCUGAAUCUCGUGCACUCCAAGGAGGCCGACAGAGGGGACCGGCCGGCGGCGUGCACGUCGAGCAGGGGUUCCGGAAGGGACUUGAUCCACACGGCGACGGGGAAGACGAUUGCUUUCCGCAUCCCGAAGGCGGCGGGCCAGCUCGCCGGGGCCGUCACAUUCGCGCGGACGGACGGGUCCCGGCUGCUCAUCAUGUUCGGGUCCACGGACGGCAUCCGAGCCGGGUUCCACGCCCGCGAGCUACCGCCUCGUUUCCCGGGCAUGAACCAGAACCAGAACCAGAACCAAGCAAAGAGUACGAGCUCAUCAAAAGCAAAGGAGAACCAACAACAAGAACUACCAGAAGUCACCUUCUCAUUCGACGACUUGCAGACGAUGUUCCGGCCGACCCCUGCGGGCGUCGACGUGGAGCUGGAGCGGUUCCGGGUGCGCGUCGACGUGGAGACGGUGAUUGCGAACGCGAGCAAGUACCUCAUGGCCGACGUGCUCAUCGAACCCGUCAACCGGCCGUGGGACCCGUUUGAGCCGCUGGACGCGGCUCUCGGGUGGUACGAGGGGGCGACGGGGCGGCAGAAUCGGGGGCAGGCUGCCGCAGCUCAAGCGGCGACGGCGCAAGCGACGGCGACUACGAGUACUAGUGUGAAGACGAAGAGAGCCUCUUCUGGGUGGAGGAGGUUGAUAUCAGCCCUUUCCACGACUACCAUCACCACGUGCCGGCAGCAACGGCGUACCAGUGCCGCCAGAGAUGGUAGAAAGGUCAAGAUCAAGCUCUAUCACUUCUUAGAUACCAACGCAGUCAUCAUGGCACCCGGAAAGACGCCUGCAGAGAACAUGCUUUGGGGCGGCCGCUUCACAGGCGGCCUCGAUCCCCUCAUGCUCAAGUACAAUGCGAGUAUAGGAUACGACAAGCUCCUGUUCAAGGAGGAUAUCCUCGGCAGCAUCGCGUUUGCGCGCGCCAACGCAAAGUCCGGCAUCAUCACCAACGACGAGUUUUCCGAAAUCGAGAGGGGACUCCGGGAGGUGCAGAAGGAGUGGGAGGCUGAUACCUUUGUCAUCAUGCCCAACGACGAAGAUAUCCACACUGCCAACGAGCGCCGGCUCGGCGAGAUCAUCGGCAAGGACAUCGCCGGCAAGCUGCACACCGGUCGCAGUCGCAAUGAGCAGGUCGCCUGUGACAUGCGCCUGUGGCUGAACAACCAGAUCAAGGAGAUUGAGAGCCACCUGGUCGCCUUUAUCGAGGUGAUUGCCGCCCGCGCCGAGGCGGAGGUUGGCAUUCUCAUGCCUGGGUAUACCCAUCUCCAGCGCGCCAUGCCGGUCCGGUGGUCGCAGCACCUGCUGUCGUACGGCUUCGCCUUCCAGAGUGAUCUCGACCGUCUGCGCGAGGUUUCCAAGCGCGUGAACAGGAGCCCGCUCGGCGCUGGUGCUCUCGCCGGCAACGGCUUCAACAUCGACCGCGAUAUGAUGGCCGAGGAGCUGGGCUUCACAGGCCUCCUGUGGAACUCCAUGGGCGCCGUCGGCGACAGAGACUUCGUCACUGAGUUCCUGCAAUGGGGUAGCAUGUUCAUGCAACAUACUUCUCGAUGGGCCGAGGAUCUCAUCCUGUACUCCUCUUCAGAAUUCGGCUUCAUUUCCAUCGCCGAUGCGUACUCCACUGGAAGUUCGUUGAUGCCGAACAAGAAGAACCCGGAUGGCCUGGAGUUGUUGCGCGGAAAGGCUGGUCGAACCUUUGGCCACAUGGCCGGCCUGAUGAUGACCCAGAAGGGUCUCCCCAGCACAUACCAAAAGGAUUUGCAGGAGAGUUGGGAGCCCAUGUUGGACCACGUCAAGACCAUCUCCGAUAGUCUUCAGAUCGCACAGGGCAUUCUCGUCACUCUGACCGUCAGGCCAGAGCGCAUGAAGGCUGCCCUGGACCCUUUCAUGCUGGCUACCGAUCUGGCUGAUUACCUCGUGCGAAAGGGCGUCCCCUUCCGCGAGACGCACCACAUUUCUGGCCGAUGCGUCGCCGAGAGCGAGAAGCGCGGUAUCCCGAUGAACGAGCUCUCGCUGGAGCAAUUGCAGGCUAUUGACAGCCGAUUUGGGGAGGAUGUUGCGCAGACGUUUGACUAUGAGAGGAGCGUCGAGAUGAGGGCGUCCAAGGGUGGUACGAGCCGAGCCAAGGUUCUGGAGCAGGUCCAGGUUCUUAAGGGCAUGCUUGCUUAG